AUGAACUCAACAUUCUUAUUCAAAUCAAAACCAACCAAAUCACUACUUCAACCAUCAAGACUAUCAAACCCAUCAAGAUCUUAUCAUCUAUCACCAUCUCUAAAUUACUUUAAUUUACAAUUAGAUCAUCAUCAGUCUUAUCAAUCCCCACCAACAUCAUCAUCAAGUUCCGCUAAAUUAAUUCAAUGGGGUUCAAGUUUAUCAAGAUGGAUAUCUGAAUCGAUUCUUAAAGCAGUUCCAAAGAAAAAAGUAUCACAUUCUCGUAAACGAAUGAGAAGUGCACAUAAAGGAAUUAAACCUGAUCUAGGUCUUUCAUCUUGUUCUGGUUGUGGUCAAUCUAAACGAAAACAUCAUCUUUGUUUAGAAUGUUAUGCUGAUAAAGUCUUAGAAUAUGUUCAUGGAGAUCGUAAACCUUGGGAUAAGGGAAUCACACCAUGA